UGGGGGGCGUUGGUGCCGCUGUUGUUGUUUUUAGCUGCUGCAGGUUUGCUUCCAGGGAGGGUGUGCGCGUCUGUGUGUGUGUGUGCAAUUCCGAGCCGGGUGCCAGGUGCACACGCCUCUUUUCCUGACAAGGGACGACAAGGAGAAGGUGGAGAAGGCGGAGGGAGGCUGAGGCGUACAGCAGCUGGAAGGGCCAGUUUGUCAGCGGGGCGGCCCCACCUCAUCUCUCUGGGUGCUGGGGGUAAUUAGUAGCUAAGUUGUGUGUGAGGAGGAGUCGUCGUCUUCUGUCUGCCUCCCGGGGAAAGGGAAGAGUCAGUGCGUGCCCGACUUGUUUGUGUCUGUGCGGGUGUGUGUAUGUGUGGGAGAGAGAGAGGGCGGGAGCCAAAGAGUAACUCGCCUCGCCCCGACCCCUGGCUGGGAUUGUUGUGUGCGGAGGCCUCCGCCCAAACGAAGCUGAAGGGAGACGCCCUGCCCGCUCGCUCGCUCGCCCGCCCGGCUGGCUUUGAGUGAUUCGCGGGCGCCCCUCCCUGACCCGACCCUCCCUCUCCCUCCCUCCUUCCUUCCCGCCCUCUUAGUUACCCCGCCGGCCAAGGGAGCCUGGCAGAGCGAGCGGCGCCGGCGUCAUGUGACAGCGCUGCCUAGUGCCAGGAGCCCUGCCUGCCUGCCUGCGUGAGGGAAGAAGAGGAGACUGCAAAGGGAAAGGAGGGAGGGGGGGAGAGAGAAAAAAAGAGACGCUCCGACGGACGGACGGACGGACUGAGGUGCUGCUGGGGCGGCGGGGGCUUAUUCGCGGGGGGGAGAAAGGCACACGGAGAGAGGGGGAAAAAAAGAAAGAGGGCCGGCUCUCCCCACACCUCGCGGCUGAGUUCCUGAGGACCCCAAGGAAGAGAGGAGGAGAGGAAAAAAAACCCUCGGUUGUCCACCGGGGAGAAAACGAGCACCGUUCUCUCUUCCGCCAACUCCGCGAAGGGAAAGAAAAGGAAAAAGAAAGGAAAGAAAGAAAACAGCGGAGAGGGAAACUUAAGCAGCAAUUUCGGCGUCGGGGAGGGGGACUGUCGGCGUCGUCUUGGUUUUGCCCCACUUGGCGAACGGAAAAAAGUACAACUAUCAGGGUAUUUGCACAUAAAACAGAAGCUAAUCAUUUUGAGCCCUGCACAAAACUACCACGAUAGCAACAACAAAGAAAAUGCUAAUGUUUGACCCUGUGCCUAUCAAGCAAGAAGCAAUGGAACCAGUUCCAGUGUCAUUCACUUCUAGUUACAUGGAUCACAUGAAGUCCAACAAAUACAGUGUAAUCUAUUCAACACCAAAUAUGAUGCCCAAUAAAUUCUACCAGACUCCGGAAGGAUUGUGUAAUGGAGUUCAGGUUGAGCCUGUUGAUCUCACAGUGAACAAACGAAGCUCACCGUCUUCCGCUGGAAGUUCUCCUUCACCUCUGAAAUUCCAGACUAUACCUAGAAGAGGGUCACCUGGAUUAAAUCUGCCCUCACCGAGCCCUCCGAUGAAGAAAUUGUCUCCACCAGGAAUGCAGCCUUUCACUAUGCCAUUAUCUAUUCCUCCUGUAAUGGCAGCUCUCUCGCGCCAGGGACUUCGAAGCCCUGGGAUACUUCCAGUUAUACAGCCUGUGGUCGUACAGCCUGUCCCCUUUAUGUAUGCCCCUCAUCUUCAGCAGCCUAUAAUGGUGUCCACAGUUCUUUCAGAAGAGUUGGAAAAUCCAAGUAGUGUGCCAGUAUCAGUAAUUGACACUCCUAGAAAGACAGCACAAAAUAAAUCUAUUAAGGUAGAACCAGGAAUGGAAUCGCCCAGGAGUGACUACUAUCCUGAACAAAUGUCCCCUCCACUGAUGACCUCAUUGUCACCGCCUCAAGCUAUGCUUCAAGAGAAUCACCCUUCAGUUAUAGUUCAACCUGGUAAGAGGCCUUUACCUGUGGAAUCUCCAGACACACAGAGGAAGCGUAGAAUACACCGAUGUGAUUACGAAGGCUGCAACAAAGUUUACACUAAAAGCUCCCAUCUGAAAGCUCAUAGAAGAACACAUACAGGUGAAAAGCCUUACAAAUGCACUUGGGAAGGUUGCACGUGGAAAUUUGCUCGAUCUGAUGAACUAACGCGGCAUUUCCGGAAACAUACUGGAGUCAAACCUUUCCAGUGCCCAGACUGUGAUCGCAGCUUCUCCCGAUCUGACCAUCUUGCCCUUCAUAGGAAACGCCACAUGCUAGUCUGAAAUUUUCUUCAUUCAGUUCUCUGCUUUUUAAUUUGGAUUCAGCUGGUCUGAAUCUCUGAAUUUUAUAGCUUGGAAACCUUCCCUAUGGUCAGUAAAAAAAAAAAAAAGUUUGCUUGACCCUUCUUUGCCCUUGCCACGGGUCAGACCUAAAGAAUGUGAACACCUUUUUUUCCUUGGGAAUGCCAAGCAAGCCUUGCCUGCCAGCAAAUUAAAAAAAAAAGAAAAUCUGUGAGACUAAAGGAUUUUGUAAUCAAACUGGUUAGUUUUGCCAUUUAAUCAGCCAGUAUAUAUUGAUCAUACAGUUAACUGUUGGAAAUCCAGCCUGCUAAUCCUUGCCAGAGACUUUGUGUACCCUGCGAAGGAUGCACAUCUCCUUUUUAUGCUCAUCAAUGCAAUAAGUGGAUUAUUUCCAGCAUGGUUAGUAAUAGAAGCAUGUUCCACAAGACACUUUUUGGAUGUUUUUAAAAAUCCUCAGCGUGGGAGUGAAUGAAAAAAAUCUUGACUGAUGAGUGGUUGUUAUCAGCAGAAAUUUUGUCAACACCUAAUAUUGUACAUUUGACCAGCAUUGCCUCUCUUUUGUGUGGUAUUGUGUAAAAUACUAGAUUAUGUUUGCCUGGAUAUAUAGUGCCUCAGUAGAUUCAUUCAGCAGACCUUUACAUGACAUAGUAAUCUGUCUUUUGUGUGCAACUGUAUGAAUGGAACACACAUGGUACUCCUGUGAUGUGUCAUUUUAUGAUUCAUGCAAUAAUCUACCUCACUGAGGAGGUGUGGUAGGUAUAUUCUUCUCUCAUCACUCCUCUGCACUUCCUGUAGACUAGAAGGCCUCUCUGUCCUUUGCUUGCCAUGGGCUAGAAAUGGCAGUCAUUUCAGCACCCGGUUAGAAAUUCCAUCAGAGAUCCUACCAUACUCAUAAUGAUAAGUUCAAGAGAACAUCUUAAUUGAAGCACUUCUGUACAAAAUUUGUCAAAAAAAUAUUACCAGUGGAAAAGGUUCUUUCUCUCCCUUCUCUCUCUCUCUCUCUCUCAUUUUCAUAUUAAGGUUUUGUUGGUUUUACACACUAAGUUCAGCAGGAGACUUUCAUGACAUUUUGUAAGUAUUUUGUAAUGCAGUAUCUGCAUUUCCAGUAUCAGUGAUUUCAAAGUGCACUAAGAGUGCACUGUGAUUGUUAUUAUCCUGUAAUCUUUUGAGAUACUCUCAAUGUCCAGAGGAAAGGGUUUAAGGAAAUAAGACUUAAACUGUUCACCAUUCAUUAUCCCUUUAUCCUUAAAAAAAAAAAAAGAGGAAUUAUGGCACUUCAGGCUUUCAUAUUCUUGGAAGGGUUUGAAAGAAGGAGGCCACCAGGAAUAGCAGGAGUGAACAAGAGAAGAAAGGACCUCAGAAUGUGCUAGGAAACACUUUAAUGUAAUCAACUACUAUAAUCACAUACAUUUUUGGUAAACCCUUCAGGGUAACUUGGUUUAUUAACUUAGUGUUAAUUGUUAACUUAGUGUUUUGUUACGUUUUUCCAAACACUGUGUUGUAUGUCGACAGUUCAUGUUCAUAAAUUGUUUUCUAGCACUUUUUGUAGUCCUGUCUCCUCUUUCCGUCCAUAUAUGUUUAAGAAAUUCCCUUUGUACCCAUGGUACUGUUUACUUCUCUCUUACUGAAAUGAGUGUAUCAACAGAGCUCAUUAAUUUUGGCUCGA